AUGAAGGUCCUCCAGCUCGCGAUUGCCUUUGCUGCCCUUGCGGGUAUGGUGAGCGCUGCUCCGGCUGCGAGCCCGGACAGCGUGGAUCUCGACAGGCCCACUGUGUACGCGGGGUACAGGAAGGUCAAAGAAGAGAAGCGGGAUGUUGAUCUCGAGAAACGACCUACCGUGUACGCUGGAUACAGGAAACUCGAGGAAGACGCUACUGAGGAAAAGCGGCAUGUCGAUCUCGAGAAACGGCCUACUGUCUACGCUGGAUACAGAAAGGUCGAGGAAGAAGCUACUGAGGAGAAGCGAGACAUCGAACUAGAGAAGCGUCCUACUGUCUACGCGGGGUACAGAAAGCUUGAAGAAGAGGAGAAGCGAGAUGUCGACCUUGAGAAGCGUCCCACCGUCUAUGCUGGGUACAGGAAGGUCGAGGAGGAGCACGAGUAUCAAUCACAUUGCUCGAAAGAGCCGUUAACAAAUGUACUACAAUUUCGUAGAAGGAAGGCUGGAAAUAAGGAAGUAAAUGUGCUAAAAAAAAACACCCACACUGCACGUGUCCAACUAGACAGACAGAGAGACAGACAGAAAACACGACGAACGACUCUUUCAAUAUUCGCACAUAUGAUCAUUCCAAUGUUCGGUCGCAAUCCUUCUUCUUCUCACCGGUACGAUCCCCUCCCAGCGGCAGAAAGCGGGGACAACAAGGAGGAACCCGCGCAGCAGAGUGAUGAGGCCGCAGCACUUCCUCGUCGACGAUUCCCUCUCUUCUGGACACUCUACUUCGUCUUCAUGCACUGCGUGAUUCUUCUUCUUCUUUUGGGACUGCUGCUUCUGCUGUGGUCAACAUCUCGUGGCCAGAAAGGUCAAAACGCUUAUUCGCUGCUUGCCUCGGAACUGCCUUUCGCGCGCGAUUCUACACGAUACCUCGAGACAGUCUUUUCGCCAUCAGGCUUCUCGGAUUCCUCGCAGCAGCCGAGUGCGUACUAUGGCGAGCCGACGCCGGAGAAGGAUCGGCUGUGGAAGAGUCUGUAUGAUGGUAUAUACACAUUUCGAAGAGUUGAAAUGAUUCAAGCUGACUGUCGCAUCGCAGUCGGCAUGGUGGUCAUCACAAAAGAAGAGUACGAGCAGCUGGAUGUCGAGACGACGACUUUGGUGGGGGAUGAGGAUCAUUAUCUGGUGACGCUGGAGGUAUUUCAUCAGCUGCAUUGUUUGGACUAUCUUCGGAAUACCAUCUAUCCUCUUCUCAGCGGGGCAAAGACGCACCAUCCUGAUGAGUCGGAAUGGGUUAAAAAAACGCAUAUUGACCACUGCAUCGACUACCUUCGACAGGUACUUCAAUGCCAUGGGGACCUAACUCCUAUCACGCUGGAAACCAUCCCCGGAGUCCCCGUCCUGCCGCCGCCGAAUCCGGCGCCGUACAAGCCCAACUUUUCCAUCCGGCACACCUGCCGCGAUUUCGACGCCGUCUACGACUUUGCGCUGAAGAGGAAUUCGUCGGGGUAUAAGGUUGCGUAG